AUGAACAUCAAUUUAAUUAAAGAAACUGAUGAAACAACGAACAACGAUAAUGAUUUUGCUAAAUCGUCGACAUCAUCAACAGAAGCUACUGAAAUCCAAGCUCAAGGCAUAUUUCCUCAAAGUUCGAUUCGUAAAUUUUUUCCGUUGAUUAUUCCAACAACAACGAAUCCUUUCGGGGAAUACAUUCCAAUCCAUAUUGCAAUCCAACGAUUUCAGCGAUCUCCAGUGAAUCAAAAUCCACCUUAUUAUGAAGUUCCUGUGCUUGGCAACUUGCCAACGGUUCGUCAUGCUUAUGCGGAAUGGUAUUUUGGAAUUGAUGAAAAUCCUGCAAUCAUCUCAUGUAUAAGAAAGUAUGGGAAAGAAUGGGAGAAAAGGAAUCAACGGAGAUUGUCGAGAAGAAAGAUUUUGAUCCGUGAGAUUGAACUAAGGGAGACUGAUUUUUCUACUGAAGAAGUUUUGGAGAUUUUGGAGAUUUUGCGAGAUGGAAGUACUUUAAACAAAUUAAUUGAUGUUAAAUUAUUAGGGCAUGAUAAAUAA